CGGCGGCGGGCUGAGAGGAAAGGAGCUCCGACGACGACGACGACGCCAUUACGCAGAGCGCACCGACGCCGCUUGUAGACAGUUUACUAAGAGGAGGAGGAGGAGGAGGAGGGAGCAGUUGCUAAUAAAGCCCGGGGAGGAGAAAGGCAUCAUGGCUUCCGCUGAGGCCGGAGAGGAGCCCUGGCUGCAAGAUGGCUCCUGCGACGCCUGCGAGCCCGACGAGGCCCAAAGCGCGGCCCAGGCCUGCCUCGACUGCGGCUUCAGCUUCUGCCCCCUCCACGCCCAGGAGCACCGCCAGAGGCUCUCGGGGCACCGCAUGGCCGACCUGGCGGCGGCGGCAGGAGGAGGAGGAAGAACGGGGGGUCCCCGCCGCGAGGCGCAGCGCAGGAGCUGCCAGGCCCACCAGGGGCAAGCGCUGAGCCUCUACUGCCAGCAGGACCAGGCCCUCGUCUGCGUCCUCUGCGCCGUGGCCGGCCCUCACCGCCAGCACCCCCUGGCCACCCUCCAGCAGGCCUUCCAGGACCUCAGGAACAAAGAACCUGUUGACCUGAAGGUGGCCAUGCUAGAGAUGGUGAAGAGGUUAAAGUUCAAGUGUGCAGACCCUAAAGUGACUCAGGGUGACAUGAAGCAAUGCAUUCGGCAAGAGUUCAACAAAGUACGGAGUCAGAUUUGCGAAGAAGAGCGGCGAGCUCUCCACCUGGUGGAUGUCAAGGAAGCGUUGAUCACUGCUCAUACCACGGAAACCCUGGCUGACAUUGAUGUCCGCAAGGCAAAAUUGAUGACUGAGAUGGCAGAACUCACAAGGCAUCUGAAUACCUUUAAUGAGCUAGCCCUGCUCAAGCCCAAGAGUGCAGAUGAAGAAACCAGGCCUAACCAUAUCCCUUCUCCAAAUCUUCCCCAAAGGGACAGCAGAUACAAUGAUGAUGAUCCAUCACCUGCCAAUGGACCUUGUUGAGCAAAGUGGAGUAGCAAGGCUACUGAGGAGUCUAAACAGAAGGAUGCCUCUACAUUCAUCCUCCAAAAGAUGAAAAUCUCCUGAGGUCUUAGAAGAUUAUCUUAAGUUCUGAAUCUGUAGCAGAAGUAAUCAAUUACUUUUGCCUUUUUAGUACCUUUUUUCUGUUAAAGAGUGUCUUCCUCCUACCAGUAGCAAACAUACUGCUUUUUUACACCUAAUGAGUUAUUUGCUGAUUAAUCACCUUAUUUCUAAAGAUUGAGAGACAUCUUCUUAGUAAUUCAGUACAGCUGAAAUAACAUGUUUUUCCAGUUAACCUUUCAAGAUGUGUUUGAAAAUAAAAAUGUUAUUUUACAGGACUGUUUAAAAA